UCUACUUUCCACCUUCCCAAUCUUUCCUCUAAAGCAGAGAGAAGAGCAAAAUUGACUAAUCCCCCUGUUCUUCUCUUCCACUUCUCCUUCCACAAAUCCCAAUCCCACACGAGAGGAAGAUGAUGCAAGACCCCUGGAACAUCACUGUUCCCACUGGAAUCCUGCCAUCGAAAUCAUCGGCUUGCUCGCCCAUUAGACCAAUCGUGAGGCCAAAGCUCGAUUCUUUCCACAUUACCCACAAAGUUCCAGUCGGGGACACCCCUUAUGUGAAGGCAAAACGUGUCCAGCUAGUGGAAAAGGACCCUGAGAAGGCAAUUGCCUUGUUUUGGGCUGCCAUCAAUGCUGGGGACAGGGUCGAUAGUGCACUCAAGGACAUGGCGAUAGUAAUGAAACAGCAGAAUAGAGCAGAGGAAGCUAUCGAAGCUAUCAAGUCGCUGAGGAACCGGUGCACGGAUCAAGCCCAAGAGUCCCUAGACAACAUUCUUUUGGAUCUUUACAAGAGGUGUGGGAGAUUGGAUGAUCAGAUAGCUCUAUUGAAGCGCAAGUUGCAACUUAUCGAGCAAGGUCUGGCCUUUAAUGGGAAGUGCACAAAGACUGCUCGGUCUCAGGGGAGGAAAUUCCAGGUCUCUGUAGAGCAAGAAGCAACCAGACUUCUAGUGAGGACUUCCUUCUGUAAUUCUUUACAUCUGAUCUCGAAAAAAUUUUUAAUGUGUUUUCUUAAUUUGGCUAUAAUGGGGCAAAUCAAAACUGAGAGCUUUGAUAUGGUACUGUUGCAGGGGAAUCUGGGCUGGGCACUGAUGCAGAAGGACAACUAUGCCGAAGCUGAGGCAGCCUACAGAAGAGCCCUUCGGAUCGGUUCUGAUAACAACAAGAUGUGCAACCUGGGCAUCUGUUUGAUAAAGCAAGGGCGGAUUGCCGAGGCCAAAGAGACCCUCAAACAGGUGAGGCCGGCGGUAGUCGAUAGCCUAAGAGGAGCUGAUUCCCACUUGAAAGCCUAUGAGAGGGCUCAGGAGAUGCUCCACGAUCUCGAGGCCAAACUCUCCGGUCGGUUUGAUCGAAGUAGGCUCUUCGAUGCGUUCAUCGAGUCUUCCUCAAUUUGGCAACCUCAUCCUUGUAUUGACUACACAAUGCCGGCACGAGAACGCUUCGCUGAUGAGAAUGUCAACAUGAACAGAAUAAGCAAUACCAAGCUCGACUUUUCAUCGAACGCUGCGCUCAACAUCGAUGCACCGCCAUUCUAUUCAUCGAGGAUGAUGAAAGACCUGAAUGGGAUCAAUCAUCAGCUCCAUGAUCCUAUGUGUAAACUCAAGAGGACUCGGUCGGGCAAUGCAAUGGAGAAGUCCCUUCCACCUAGAAUACCAGUGGAGAAAACAAGCGAACAAGGCAACAGAAGGAAAUCUCUGUUUGUUGUGGGGACAGAGGAUAGGUGGCCUGAAUUGCCUGACACCAAUGAGUUCAACGAUGCCAUUGUGGCGGCAGUUCUAGCUCCUGUCCUUGAGGAUGAUGGAACUGAUACUGAUAAAACUGAUGCUAAUAACACGAGCCCAGCAUUGAACGAGGCGAAAAUGGGGAAAAGGCUAAGGAUUUUCCAGGAUAUCACUCAGGCAUAGAACUCCUCUAAAUGAGAUAGGUUUUCAUUAGGCUGUGCUUCACAGGAAGGGAAUUCCUUCCAUUGUCUUUUGCUUAUUGAAUAAGCGGUGAUCAUAGCAGUAGUAGGAAGGAGAUGGUCUUGUUCUCCUUGAUCUGCUUACAGAGCAACACGGAAGACAUAUGUUGUGGUUGCUUGUUUUGAGUGAUUAUUGUAACCAAACUGACAACGAAUAACAAUCCAUUAUUUAUGAUUUAU